UGUAAAGAAGGCACAGAGGUUUCUGAUAGUUAGAAUGUUCAUGUUUCACAUGGCUUAGUCUACCGUGCGCCCCUAGUGCGCAGUUUAAAACCUCUUCAAAACCUAUAUAUUCCCAAAACCACUCGUACCCUAUCAAGAUUCCACCAUGCCGAACCAGUUGACGAUUCUCCUCCUUCUCAUUCUACCCUUCAUCAUUUCCCCAAUUCCCCAAUUCAGCCGCGUCGCCGAGGCCUCAAACCGAAGGGUCCACAUCACGGACGAUCUCGACGACGUCGUCGACGACGAGGAGGACGACGCCUGGAAGCAAUGGGGCAAGAAAUCGACGCCCUCGCCGGAGCUCGAUCUCCGUCCCUCCGAUUUGUCGGCCAUGUCGGCGCCGGAGAUCCAGGCCGAGAUGAUGAAGCGGCAUUCCGGGCCCGCUUUCGGAUUCGUUAAGCUCAGACCGGGCGUUCGCCGGUCCCGGGAUAUGGUAGCUGAGACUAUUAAGAAAUGGACAAAAGUUCUGAGAACCGGAGCUAUUGAGGCGAAGUUCAUGGGUGUUGAUCUAAGCACAAUCAUGUUCAGUAUGGAAAGAGGCCAAGAUACAUCUGAGUUGAAGGAUUUUGUGUUGAACCAAGCAGAGGCAUAUGAGAUGAAGAUUGGGGAUCAAGUUUUUCGAAGGCCUGGAGAUCCUCCUUUGGAGGAACUUGUUGCAGAGCUCCACAACGAGAAAAGCAAGCUGGAUAAUACUAGUCCCCCCAAAAAAGACGAUUUUAAAGAAGAGUUGUAGUUGACUAGUAAUCCUCCUGGUAUGAAAAUACCAUAUUGCGGAUUAAUGCUCUUCUUAUUAGGUUUGUAGUCUCUGACUGUAGCACCUUCAGGCUUCAGCUCCCUGCACUCUUCUUUUCUUGCAUCUUAUUGACCUAUAAACUCAUUCAAGAUCUUAUUGAUCUUAUUGUUCAGUUACUUC